AUCUUGAUGUGAAUACCUACCUAUGUGAUUUUAAUUUGUAUUUAAUCGUAUUAACUUCUUGUUAAUCGUACCGUCAAUUUUUUUAUCUAUUUACCAAUUUUACAUUUUCUAAUAAAAAAUGGAUUUAUCACCGGAAGAAAUUCUUCGUAGAAAAAACACGUUGAUAGAUUUUGAUAAUUAUUUUGAAAAUGUAACAAAGACACUAAUGAAUUUUACAGAAAAAAUAGGAUGGAAUGUGGAUGAAACUCCAACUGAUGUAAUUACCUAUAAUAUUUAUUAUUUUAUUUGUAUUUUAAUAAUAUUUUAAUCUAUUGAUAUUUGGUAUCUAAAUUUAUGGUUAACUAAAGUAUAUAAUCAUGUCUAAGUUGUAUUUAAUUAUUAUAUUUUGUGUUUACUGUUAAGGACAUGUUGAUAAAAUGUCCAGUGAAUAAUGCACACAAAGUAUUACCAUCCAAUCUUGAUAGUCAUCGGCAAUCAUGUGAAUUGGAACAAAAUGGAUAUAACUCAACUGAUUCAAUAUAUCCCUCCCAUAAUUCUUUAACACCUUUAGAUCAAACUAUACAAAUUGGUAUGUUAUUAUUAUUUUUCUUUAUAUAUAUAAUUCUACUGUACGUUUGUAUGUCACUGAACUCUUCCUAAAUGGCUGGACUUAUUUUGACGAAAUUUUUUUAUGUUUGUUUGAAUGGGACCCUGGAUUGUUUAGAUUCACAAUUGGACCUGAUAGGUGGCAUUGCAAUGGUAGCUGACAGAGUAAUUGGAAUUUUUAGUUCAGCUAUUUUUUUUUGUUGAUUUAUGGGUUACUUUGGUGAUACGGAUGAAAUUAAAAAACAAAAAAAUGAAUAACUUAUUCCCCGUAAGUUGUCCCAAAAUUGAAAUAUUCAUCCAGAUAGAAAAUUAAUAAAUAAAAAUUCAUCAGAGGGCGCCAAGAGAGUGAUACAAUUGAGUUAUUAUUUUUUUAAAUAUAAAUUUAAAUAUAUCGGCAAGUAUGCAUAUUUAUAUUAUAUAGGUAUGUAUAAAUGAAUUGAUAUUUUUUUUGCCAACACCAUAACUUGAAAACAGACGGACUGAUAUGCCUGAUUUUUUUCACAUGAAUGUAUAAAACAAACACUGUGCCAUCUGCGAACAAAAAUUAGCUAUAAUAUGGUACAUGCACUUUCCCGCUGUCGAGCGUCUCCAUUCCCUGAUAAAUCGGCAGAAGAUCAAUUGAUGGACAAUGCAAAUUUAAGAAACCAGGCUGCAAUUACACAUAUUAAUGAAAGUCAAGAGCAACGCAAUGAGAGCAAUGCAUUGAGACAAAGACUGGCCUGUCAACGAGUCACCGAGCCAUUAUAAAAUAAAACUAUUAUAAUUUUUACUAUCACUAUUAUUUACACUACUCAAAUAUCACAAUAGAACACAUUUAGGCGGACUACCCACUUUCCACCUAUUUGUUUUCAUUCAAUUCUAACACGGCCAAAACCAAAAAUUAAUAUGGGUAAAAUAAUAAUAAUAAAAAUUGACAUGGACAACUAGUUAUUUAUAAAUAUUAAUUAAACAAUUAAACAAAAAGUUAAUAAGAUAAUAAGUGGCACAUUACAUUGCUUUUGAAAUUAAUGAAUUAAACCAGGGUUGAAAAUAUAUCACAAUAUACCACAUAUGAAAUGUAUAAUUUUUUUAUAUUUGAUAUUUUUAAAUACAAUUUAAUGGUUAAAGUUUCUAUUUCAAAUUUGUUUUGUUUUUAAACAAUAUAAUAUGAUAGUUAAUGUUUUCAUAUUUUCAAAUUAUAAUUGUAAUUUUUUUCAUAUGAAAUAGAAAAUAAAUAAUGCUUAUAGGAGUAUUAUACAUAUUAAAUAAAUUUAAAUUAUUUAAAUAUUUUACAUUUCAUAUUAUUAGUAUUACAGAACAUAAGGAUAAUACAAGUUCUACAAGUUUUAUACAGAUACACUGUAGAUAUUGGAGUUAAAACAAAUUAUUAUAAUUGUUAUUUUUGGCUCAUAGUUGCCACUGAUUAGGUAAUUAAUUAAUAAUUUAUAAUAGUUUAUAGUUAGGUAUGAAAUAUUUUCUUUUAUUAUAUAAUAAAUUGAUAAGUUAUAAUUUAUUACAGAUUACAGUUUUUAAGACAAUCACUUAAAAAGUAGCACUAUAUUCUUCUUAGAGGUUAAUGACUAAUAGCUCUUCAAAACAAUUACCUAUACUUUUUACAGUAGUCAUAUGCUACUUGAGAAGUAAAUUUCUCUACCAUUCAUAAAUAAUUGCAAUAAAUUGAUAUUUAUUUGAAAAAUUAAUUUUGAUUUUAUCACUUCAAGAUUUAAAAAAAAUAAUACCUAGGUAAUAUUAUACAAAAUACAUUGAUUAAGUUAAAAAGUUAAAGUUUAAAUUAAAAUAUAUAAUUGAUUUCAUAUUAUUGGAGAUGAGUCUAAAUAACUGAGAAAAAAAAAAUAUAUAUAUAUAUAUAUGUAUAAAUAUAAAGAUAUACACUGUACACAAAAGAAUAAUAGUUUUCUUUAAAAUAAAUUGGACAAAAAUACAAAUAAUUGUGUUUUAAAGUUGGAAUAAUAUAAUUUAAUAGGAACCUACCUAGUUAGAAUUAGUUUAUAAAUUCCAAUUUUCCUUAGAGGCACAAAUUAAUAUUAAGAGUACAAUGUCCUGAUGUUUUGUUUCUGAACUUAUAUUAAUUUACUUAAAAUGUACAAAAAAGCGCAUAGAAAUGUUAAAACAACCAUGAAAAAUUCCCUUAAAAAAUAUUUUAAAAAGUCACAAUGGUAGAAGGAUUUUAAAGUCCCUUCCUGCUUAUGACUCAAACUUAUUAAUUACAAUUUUCUAACACUACAAAUGAUUAACAUAAAGUGAUUUUUUUUCAUAAAUACAUACAAUUUUAUUUAAACAAAUUAAGUUAGAUCCAUCUAUGAAAUUAUCAACCCUACCAUAAGUCUUACUUUUUUUUUAAUAUUUGUGUACUUUUUUGAUGGUUUUGAGAGAAUUUGUCUUAAACCCUACUCAUAAAAAUUGUCAUAUAUCACUUUUCAAUCCAUAUUAUCUAUAUAAUUUUGAAGUGAUCAAAAGACCAUGAACUAACCAAUUAUAGUUAGCUCACAAAAGAUAGAUGGAACCACUUUUUUUAGUUAAAACCCUGUGACUCUAAAACCAUCUAUGCACUGGUUUAUUAUUAGAUAGGAUUUAAAUUAGAAAGUCUAGUAUUGUAGUUAAUCAAACAAAACAAGAAAUAUUAAUGCAUGAAAACUUUAUAUGAAUAACCAAACACAAAUUAAUAUUCCAAAUACCAUUUGAAGAGACUCCCCUUUGUGUCAGUUGGUUACCUUAAAUAUAUUUUUACAUUAAAAUGUCACAAUUAAGUUGUUUCAUUGACCUAGUAACAUAUUAACAGGAUCAAGGAAAUUUUAUUAUUUUGUCAUUUAUGUUUCUUAUGUUAUAUAUAAUAAAUUAAUAUCUAUGUAUUUACAGAUAAAACUACUCAGAUGAAUAUUUUAAAAUCUGCCCAGGUGGAGUCAAAUUAUACUUUAAGUAAGAUGAAAUUAAUGUUACAUUUUUAAAUACUAAGAGUAAAAUAAUUUUUACAAUAGUUAAUGACUUUUUUCAGAUGUAAUUAAAGAAUAUUUGGUUCAAGAUAUUUUACAAUAUUCCAAUAUAUAUAUAUAUAUAUUACAAAAAAAUAUAUCCUUUUAAUUAUUUUAUUUAAUAAUCAAUAUUAAUUUUAGUAAUUCAUUGUUUCUUUAAUUAUUAUGAUUUAUUGUGUUUAUUUGUCACUUUUUGAAAUAUUUGUUCUUUGGUUAUACAUUUCUACAACAUGUUUGAAUCUAUCACAUUAUUAUUCUGAGAAUAUUGUUCAAUAUUCUUUUACAUAACUAUCAAUUCAUUUUUUUUAUUUAUGUUUAAAAACUAUAUAUUUAUUAUUUUAGAUGUUAAACAUAAAGCAAGAGAUGUUUCUCAAAGUAUAGAACGUUAUGUUUGUGAUUUUACUCCUGAUGAGAGAAGAGUUUUGUAUGAUUAUGCUGUACAAAAUACCAAAUUGUCUAAUCAGGAUGCCAUAAAAGAUUUAACAGAGUAACAAUUCCAGACAUUUAUUAUUUUAUACACAUAUAUGUAUUUAAUAUAAACCAUAUUUUUAUUUGUAGUGUGGAUGUCUUAAAUAAAAGCAAUGAAAAACCAAAAACAGAGUUGGAGUUGUUACAAGAGCAAAGAGACUCAAAACGUAGAAGAGUGGCUUAUCGUGGAAAAAGAGUGCACACAGAUAGAAAAUCUCAUACAGAAGUAAGUUUUAUACACAUAAUAUUACUAUUUAAAAUAAUUGUUUGGCUUAUUUAGGUAUUAAGAGAAGUUGUGGAAGGAUUAACAAACAGUUUACAAAGUCAACAAGAACAGUCAACAUCUAUUUGCACAGAAACAUCAAGUAGUGGUUCUCAAACUGUACUUAAUAACCGUAUUGUUUAUAAGUAUGAAGGUAUUCAAAAUUAUGGCAGUAAUCCAUACACUCGUUGGCUUGAUAUUGAAUCGGAAGAAUCUAAAUUAAUUGACUCUUCUGAAAUGAAAAAUUAUAGACCGUCUUAUAAAACUCAUUAUAAGGAAAGUAGGUCAUCUAGUAGUAGAUUACAAAUGUCAAAGAGGCCUAAGUCUAGGCCUCGUUCUUAUUCCAGUUCUAAUUAUAGCUCUAAGUCUAGUUCAAAAUCUAGGUCAAGAUCUAGGUCAAGAUCUAGGACAAGAUAUAAGGAGCGUAAUUAUAAAUCUAAACGAUAUCGAAGUCCAACAAAAUAUGAAAAAAAUAAAUAUAAGAGCUCAAAAACUGAAUCUAUAUCACAAGAAACAAUGCCUAAGGAAUCUAAAAUCCAGCCAAUGUCAGUGGAAAGUCAUUUUAAAAAAUCUAAGAGACACAGAAGUAGAACGAGAUCUAAGUCUCAAGACUUGAAUUCAUAUAAAAAAGUUAAAAGUUCUAAAAGUCCUAUAAAUUAUUUUAAGCUAUCAAUUCCUAAUGAAGAAGAGACCACAGUUAAAUUAAAAUCUAGCCAUGCACAUAAAAAGAAAAAAAAAAAGAAAAAGAGUAAGAGAAAACAUAUUUGAAAAGUCACAACAAAUGAACACAUUACAUUCGAAAUAAAUGUCAAUAUUGAAGUUUGUAAUCUUGGUAAAUCUUUAAUCAAGUUUGUAAAUCAUAGCUAAUAAAAUAUUAAAUUAUAAUUAUUAUUUGUAUUUAUAACAUUUAGUGAUCUUAAGAAUGUUUUUAUAAUGUUAAUGUACUUUGAUGUCUAAAAAUAUAAUAUGUAAAUUGAUUAAUAUUUCUGUAUUUUAAGUUAUUAAUUUUAUAUAUAGAGAGAGAGGUAUCUCAUGAAGAUACUUAUUAUAAUAUCUUCUGAAAUAAGAAAGAUAAACAAAUUCUGUUUUUUUU